AUGUCUGACGCUACCUUUUACGCAUGUCCCCAAUGUCCCAAGAAGUACAAGCGACGCGAACACCUUUAUCGUCACGCAGCAUCCCACAGCGCUGUCCGACCGCAUCGAUGUGGGUUGUGCAAUCAAUCCUAUCAGAGAGCCGAUGUCCUUCGGAGGCAUUCGCUGACUUGCCAGGGUAAGGUCGAACGUGGAGCGACCAAUCGUAGGGCAUGUGACCUUUGUGCAAAACAGAAGAAGGCUUGUAGUGCUGGGCAGCCGUGCGAGAGAUGCCGGGGAAAGGAAGUUGAGUGUUGCUAUUCCUUCGAAUCGGAUGCGCCACCAGGCGCUGGAACUCCUGACUUUGGCAUCCAGCCUAUGGCGAUAGCGAAUACCCAGUCAUUGGUAGGUGCUGAUGGACCUGCGACUGUGGUGUUUGGGGAUACACCCUUAUUCGACUAUCUGGGCAAUUAUACUUCGGUAUCAGAUAUGCUCGAGGGUUCUACGAAUAACCAAGACUGGCUCGACUUUGUCAGUCUCGCGGCCGGGAACUUCCAAAUACACCCAGACAACAACCUAGACAACUAUAGAUUCCACUUUCUCGACAACUUCACCCGACGGAGUGGCUUGGUCGAUUCUUUUGACUGCGGAACCUACGAUCAGCGCGUCCAGGUUGUCGAAAGAUUCGAAGAGACCGACAUUCCUUGCGAUGCUUUACUGCCGGAUCCCCUCAGCAUCCAAACUCAUCAGAUUCUGCUCAACAUCAAGGAGGUAGUCACCGUGAAGCCUCGAAACAGCGUGGUUGAAUUGGAAUGGUCCACUGUUCUGGAGCAAACAUACAUGCAAUUCUUCUCUCCACGGAAUAUUCGCAAAUUCCUUGCGUUAUACUGGCAUAUUUGGCAUCCUAAUGUCAACUUUGUUCAUCGUCCGACAUUUGACCCGGCGAAGGCCAAGUCGAUUUUGGUGGCUGCGAUGGCCCUGAUAGGCGCAAGCGUUUCGCCGAAUGAGGCAGAUAACGAACAAGCCAAAAUCUGGUUCAACUGCGUCGAAGAGAUGAUUUUCACAGACGAUGACUUCUGCAACGAUUCAAUGGAUGGGCAGACUACUCCAGGACUAGAACCGAGCGCGAACAUGUCCAAGAUCCAGGCUCUUCAAGCAGCCUAUAUGAUGGCAAGAGACUUUGGUAUCAUGUCAGCUCGACACCCAGACAGCCUCUACGAGAAUUUUGAUUGGAGAGGCUUUGCAGCAAGAGAGCAGCUCAUUCGCAUCUUCCUCUGGAUCUAUCUUCUCGACCACGCCUUCGUCAUCUUCAACAACCUGCCACCGAGGAUGCAAUGCUUUGCUGAUCUUGGGCCGCUUAAUCUCUUUGCGGUUGUUUCAGCCUUCCACGCGUUGAUAUUCCAGCAUCAAAAUUCUUUCGGUGGAAAUGAUCAGCUUCAAGCUGUGUACAACGCAUUGAGUAACUGGAAAUCUGUUUGGGAGAAAUACUCAGACGAAUUUUCCUUCUCACAUCCACACGUUAUGAUCGACAAGCACAACGUCGCACCAGAUGAUCUCUGGCGAAGAGUCGGCUUCAUGCGUCAUUCACCUGAGUACUGGCUGCUCGCCAAGCUCCUCGUCGAUCGCCUCUCAAGUCCAAUGAUAACAUUGCCGAGCUCUUCAGAUGAGCCUAUCCUGACAAGAUACGACCAAACAAGCAUGCUUCAAGUGAACGACUUGAUCACAGGGUUUCAGAACGUCCAUAUCCACUGA